AUGCCGACGACCAUGGAGUUUCCGCACGCUGACGCCCAGCAGCAGCAGGAUCAGCAACAGUCCAUCCGGUCGUCCUGCGACCGCUGCCGGUCCAAAAAGCUUGGCUGCGUCAUCUCCGCCAAGCGAACCAGGGCGAUUGGCGACGCUCCGCAGCAGUGUGUGCGCUGCCUCCGCGCCAACGUCGACUGCGUCUUUAGCCGCCGCGCCCGGACGACGCGCCGCAACAGCGCCGCCAACAUCUCCUCGUCGGCCACGGGCAUCGAAAGGAGGGCCAACAGGUUGCUGGCGGACAAGACGGGAGAGAGGAGACACCAACUGCGACGCCAACAAGAUCAACAACAACAACAACAACAACAACAACCCAUGACCCCGUGCGAACCGUCCGUCUUGGACGACCCGCUCGGCGAGGCGUCGGUUGCGUCGCCGCUGUCCGACUACGGCGUCUGGUUCGACGGCUUCAUACUCGGCGCUCUGUCGGCCGACCCUUGCGGCACAGACGACGCCGUCCCACCACCACCACCACCAGGCGUCGCCUUCUCCGUCACGGCGCUCGACCACGACGUCUUCAUUGACCCCACACUAGACCUCCAGGGCGGCGGCGGCGGCGGCGAGCCUGACCUCGACGCGCUCUGGGGCUGCGACGCCGACGCCUGGACGUCGUCGUGGCCGCCCCCGCCGUCGCCGUCGUCGCCGUCGCUGCUCCCCGACACCGCGUCCGAGUUCCAGACGCUGUCCGCGGCCUCGAGCGGGGGCGGGGGCGUCCCGCCGGCAGACGGCUCCCCGCUCGAGCUCUGCACCACGCUGGACCAGCAACAGCAGCAACAACCAGGGACCGCGCUCCACGCCGUGAGGGACCUCUCCGGCCUGGUCAGCGACAUCCACAGUACCACCAACAACCUCCAGCUGGCCGUCGCCGCAAACGCCCAGGACCUGGACAGGUACCCCGUCGGCCAGGUGCUGACCCUCGCGCGGCGGCUGGAGCACAUCCGAGCCUCGGCGCUUCUCCCCGGCCUCGGACGCGUCCCCGCGACACGGCGAAGCAAUCACCGACACGAUGAUGAUGACGUCUUCCUCCUCCUCCCCUUCCCGCCACCGCCGCCGCCGCCCCCAGUCGUGCGUGACGAUGGCAGCGACGCCGUCGUCCCCGCCCCGCUGCCAGCAGCAGCAGCAGCAGCAGCAGCAGCAGACACGCCCGCCUCGUCGCUGCCCGUGAUGCUCCUGGUGCUCAGCUGCUACGUCUCGCUCGCCAAGCUGUACGCGACCGUCUUUGCGCAGAUGCAAGGCUUCGUGCCGCCGCGGGGGGGCGGCAGCAGCAGCAGCAACGCCAUCGCCAUCACGCACCACCACCGUCGGCUGCCGCCCCCGGCGGGGGGCGACGAUGACGCGGCCUGCAGCCGCCUCUACGUCGCCGUCCAGAUGCUGCUCGACGAGUUUCAGGCGGUCGAGGACGCGCUGCUGUGCGCGUGUGGAGGAGGUGACGACGAGGCCGAGAGAAGCACGCCCACCUGGUUCGCGGCGCAGCUGCAGGCGGCCAGGCUGAUGCUGCGGCAGGAGGCGGCCGCUGGCGGCGGCGGCUUAAUGGACGAAGGGCAGGUUUUAAAAGCUAUACUACGGAAGCUCAUGUAUGUGUAA